AUGACUCCGCUAGAACUCAUUUUGAACAAUUCUGAUAUUGCUAUCGUGUUGACUAUUCGUAUGUUAGACAAAAAUUUACCGUUUCAAAUUAAAGACGGAGAAGAAACACGGUUGAAAUUCGAUAGCCAUGUUUGCUUGACAUCUGAAGCAGAAAUAUGUCGUUAUUUAGCGCAAAAAACCGGCCACUUAUAUGGUUCAACAAUUCUUGAACAACGCGAAAUUGAUCAUUGGAUUGACUUUAGUGAAUUACGUUUAUCUUCUAAUUGUAAUAAAACAUUUCAAACAGCUAUUGAUUAUUUAAAUACAAGUCUAUCCUUUAUCACAUACCUUGUUGGUUAUAAAUUAACAUUAGCUGAUGUUUUUGUUUGGUGUGCAUUAUAUACUAAUCCACUAUAUCAAUAUCAACCGAAUGUUCCGGUGAAUCUUCAAAGAUAUUAUGAAGCACUUAAACGGCAACUACCAUUAGCGGAAAAUGAGAGAACACAUAAUCAAACGACAGAAAGCAAAGAUGCAGUACAACUCAAAGUGAAAGAGGAAGGGAAAUUUGAAGAUUUACCUGAUGCAAAAGUGGGAGAAGUUGUUCUCAGAUUUUCUUCACAAGCAAGCGGUUAUUUACAUAUUAACCAUGCUAAAGCUGCAUUAGUUAAUCAAUACUAUCAACAAGCAUAUAAAGGAAAAAUAAUUCUGCGUUUUGAUGAUACAAACCCAGCAAAAGAAAGUGCAGAAUUUGAAAAAGUUAUAUUAGAAGAUUUACAGACACUUGGUGUAGAAUAUCAUAGUAUUUCUCAUAUGUCUGACCAUUUUGAUGCGUUAAUUGAUCAUUGUAGCCAACUAAUUGACAAAGGACUGGCUUAUUGUGAAGAUGCUGCUCCAGAAGAAAUGAAAGAGCAGUGCGAUCACAGACAAGAUUCUAUCAGUCGAAACAAUAGUGUUGAAAAAAAUUUAAAAGUGUGGAAUGAUAUGAUUAUUGGCAAUGAAUAUGGUCAAAACUGUUGUGUUAGACUAAAAAUUGAUAUGAAUUCAAACAAAGGAUAUAUGAGUGAUCCAACAAUUUAUUGUUGUAAACUUGAAGAACAUAUUCGAACUGGUAUAAAAUAUAACUUAUUUGCAUUUUGUAGAGUUUAUCCAACAUACGAUUUCGCUUGUCCAAUUGUUGACAGUAUAGAAGGAGUUACACAUGUUAUACGUACAACAGAAUAUCAUGAUCGAAAUGAGCAGUAUUAUUGGAUAUUAAAUGCCUUUGGUAUGCGUAAGCCAUAUAUAAUUGAAUAUACAUGUUUAAAUACGCACAAUACCGUAUUAUCUCCGUCUAAAUUAACAUGGUUUGUUAAAGAAGAGAUGGUUGAUGGUUGGGAUGCUGUACGUUUGCUAUCUGUGCGUGAUAUUUUGAGACGAGGAAUGACCGUGGAAGGUUUAAAACAGUUUAUAACUUCACAAGGUUCGUCAUGUCCAAUUGUGCUGAUGGAUUGGGAUAAACUUUGGGCUAUCAAUUACACAUAUAUUAAUCCAGUAGCACUACAUUAUACAGCAUUAAAUAAAAAAGAUCUUGUUGAUGUUAAAGUGACGAAUGUCCAAAAUGAAGAAUGUCAACAACAUCCCAAGCAUGCUAAAAAUGCUACUUUUGGAAAUAAAAAUGUUUAUUACAGUCAAAAUAUUUUAAUUGAGCAUGAUGAUGCAAUAUUAUUAAAUGAAAAUGAAAUUAUUACAUUAAUUAAUUGGGGAAAUUUUAAAAUUGUAAAAAUCAACAAAAAAGACGUUGGUAGAAUUGAAUCCAUUGAAACUGAAACACAACCAGACAAUAAAGAUUAUAAAAAAACAGUAAAACUGACGUGGUUAGCCAAAACAAGCCAAGCAAACUUUACUCCAACAAAAAGUGUUCAUUUUGAUGAUAUAAUGACCAAACCAUCAUUGGAAAAAGACAAUAAAACUUUCAAAUUUGUCAACUGCUCAUCAAAAUAUGCGUAUGAAAUGAUUGGAGAUCAUGAUUUGGCCACCUUGAAAAGAGGCGAAUAUAUUAGAAUUCUACGGAAAGGGUAUUAUGUAUGUGAUCAGCCGUAUGAGUCGCAAGAGAAACCAUGUAAAUUGUUUAAUAUACCAAUUCCUGAACAUAGUGACGAAGCUAUUGCUUUGAAAACUGAAGUUAAUGAACAGGGUACAACUGUAAGAACAUUGAAGAGUAACAAGGUUAGUAAAGACAAAAUUGAUCAAGCUGUUAAAGUAUUACUGAAUUCAAAAGCACAAUACAAGAUGCUAACUGGCAUACAACUGGUCGGUGCUGGUGCUGCUCCUUCAAAGAAAGCCAAAAAGAAAACAUUACGAGAAAAUGACAAAAAAUCGGAAUCCGGAGACCAAAAUUCCAAAAUUCCAGAAUUUUUUAAUGGAGUGCGAUUAUUAAACCGCAUCAAUUUUGAUGCUAAAAAGGAUCAAGAAAAGAACGAUUUAGAUUUACCAUUUUAUGCUAACAAAAAACGGAAAUCAGAACAAAGAAACAUGUUAAAUUUUUUAAAUUUAUUAGCUUUAUUAUUAAAUAGAAAAGAAGAAGCAACAUGUGUUUUUUAUCACGAUAUAGAAAACCGAUUGUAUAUCAGUCGAAAUUUCACAGUAACUCCUACUGAUCACAGGUAUUUUUCUGAUUUUUUUCAAUGCAUAAAAAAUUACACAGACACACAAAAAUCCGUUGAUAAAGAAAAUGUUCGAAAAAAACUUCAAUCAUUAGUAUUCCAAUACACAGGAAAAAAAAUUCUUCUUACACUUAAGAAACCAAAAUAUGAGCAACCUUUGAAAUAUCUGGAACAACUGAAAGAAAGACAAACUGAUAUUGUUAAUUACAUUGAUUCAAAUAACAUCUCGAUAAUGAAUUUGUCAAAGAUUGCGGUUGAACGUACAGUAAUGCAAAUAAAUAAUUUAUCACAACGGAAAUGUAUAGAAAAGAUAUUUGAAACAUUGGAAGAAUUCAUCAGUUUAAUAAAGAAUAAAACUAAUCUUUCUGACUCAACAUUGGUCGAUCGUAUAGAAGUAAAAUGCACAGUAUUAUAUUAUUAUGAAUUACUAUUCAAAUUUAUUCGUGAUGAUAGCCCAGAUCAAUACAGAAUAAUAUAUCGUUUGUUAAAUAAAUUAAGCAAUCAUAAUCGUUCAAUAUUUAAAGUAUUAGAAUGUUCAUUGCUGCCGGCGUUCACCACAAAAUUUAAAAGUGUUCAGUAUCAAAUCAUAUCAUCACAUUGUCGUGUUGUUAAAAAUCUCACUCCACUUAAAUAUUUUGACGAUUUAUGUCAUGAUUGUGGCUAUGAUACUGAUUAUACAGAUAUAAAACAAGAAAUUAGUCAAAAGUAUUUAUCUAGUAUAGAAGAUGGAAAAGAAACCACAAUUUACACUCAUGCUGAGUUGAUAAUGAUGAAAUUUAUCCGUGGGCAACGAAAUAACAACGCCGGAAAUUUUAUACUUGGAAUUUCCAAACAACCAUGUUAUUUAUGCCAUCGUUAUUUCGAAUGGAUAAAUGCACAUUCAAAUCAGAAAUUUAUAGUGUCAGAAAGUCAUAAUAAAAUUUAUGGAUUAUGGGAUUUUCCAAAUGGAAAUGAAGAGGAUAUCAAAAUUGUUAAUGAUCUACACGAAAAAAUUGAAACUCUAAUUAAAAUAGAAUUGACAAACAUAUUAAAAAAUGAAACAGAAAAACGAGAGGAACGGAUGAAAUCAGAUAGUACUACUAAUGAUUUUUCCUUAGAAGAAACUAAUAUUGUGUUAUAUUUGGGGGACGAUCAUAGCCGCAAGAGUGAUACGAUCAGGUCCUACUUAAAGGUGACUGUGGAAGAUAUUAAUAUUCCCAGACCCGGAAUAUUUACACUCAAUUUUGAACCUAAAGUGAAAUGGGAUACAUGGAACUCAUUAAAAAAUGUAUCAAAAAUGCAAGCAUCACAUGAAUAUAUUGAAAAAAACGCAAGAUCCAGUGGUACUGGUGGACCUAGUGUGAGUCGUUUCAAAAAAGAUGAGGAAGAAAUAGAUGAUAAAGAUAAAACAAUAUUUGACUUUUGUCAAGAAGGAAACUUACAACGUGUUGACGAAUUACUGACUGCUGGCUUUGAUAUUAAUGAGCUGGAUGUGUUGGGACUAUCGCUUCUCCGCUGGGCUACGGAUCGUGGCGAUGAAAAUAUGAUUCGUUUAUUAGCGAGAAAAGGUGCCAAUAUGAAUAUUCAAGAUGCCGAAGGACAAACGGCGUUACACUACGCCGCAAGCUGUGGCCAUGAUAGUUGUGCAAAUUUAUUAUUAGAUCUUGGAACCGAUGCCAAUAUUUGUGAUUACGAUGGAUAUAAGCCAUAUGCCGUCGCAUCUUCAGAUCAUAUUCGAUCACUUUUUGCAUCGGGAUGA